CCAGCUGCAUAAGAUGAGAGGUGCGGUGACCUGUCACCAGUCCUUGCAUCAAUUAACCCCAGAAUGAUUUUAAAAUGUGGGAAGAAACCGGAGUUCGGCAUUUGAGCACGAGCCAAGUCCAAGUUUCGGAGCGGAAGUGGCAGUUAACGGUGACGUCGACCCGCUCAACACAGCAAUCGUUUAGAUGACAGAUGUCGCCAUCUAGUGGCCACAUGCGCAUAUUAUACUUUUGACUUGGCGAGACACUUGUGUAGAAUAAACCAAGCCUCACUUCAACAGUUCAACAACUCCAGUCUUAUAACAACAACGGAGCGCGUGUAAACCUCGAGUUUUUUGAGGUUGUUAAUGCAGCCGUUUCCGUUGUCAUCACCCACAGCGGUGUGUGACUGGCGGGCUGCUCCUCUCUCGCCCGGAUGUCGAAUGGCGGGAGUGGAUCAAACCAAACACGAGGUCACGGGUGUGCUUCUGCUGUUCAACUGUUGUCACGUUUCACCUCCACUACCUGAAACUUUGACUGCUUUGUAGGUGGCUGCGAAUGACAAAGGGAGAACAAGGAUGGGCUCAUCUCCACAUGAGGAUAAAAGAAGGAGGUGGAACUGAAAGCUCUACCCACCUUAAGAACUCAGUGGGCUCUCCCUAUGGGUUCCCCAGCUUCUCUCGUCACAUGUGACGAUUAACAGCUUCUGCUCGUGUCUCUGCAGUCAGAGAGCCGAACUGAGGUGCCAGUGUGGCAGCUGACUGAAGGAAGUUGAAGAAGGGACCCCAGAAACCUUCACCAAAGGAGCGAGGCCUGUGCUGGCCUGUCAUUGGCUGAAACCGCCCUGUGAACGCUCAAGCUAGGAUGUGGCCCCACAGGUCUGACCGCCAGCCAAGUGUGUUGUACAUUCUGCUGGGGCUCUUCUUCGUCCCCCCGAAUGCCGCUGACCCCUCCGAGCGAGCCAGGGCUCCUCCCUCGAGACAGAAGCGCCUGGUCCUGCCAAAUUCAUACAUGAUAAAUUUCGUCCGAGGGCAAACACAAACUGUGAAGGUGGAUUGGUGCGACAUCGCUGACUGCCAGGGGGAUGACAAAGCUUGGGUCCGGUCGAUAAAAUAUCUCUGCGAGGUUCGCGGCAAAGACAUCAGUUGGGACGACUGUCCCUGGCACACUGGGACCGAGGACUGGGGAGUCACGUAUGCCGACAGCACCGACCGGAGGAAGCGCUUGUCCAUCGUCCAACAAGCCAGCGACGCCAGCUGCGAGCCUGGACAAUGCAACCCCCUGCUCAUCACUCUGAAGGAUCCCUGUCAUGAUGACGCAGGCUUCUAUCGCUUGUAUGCCUAUGUCAGUGGACCAGACCCCUAUCAACUACUGUAUUUUGUCAUUGAGGAACCUCCCAACAGGUCUUUGAGCCGGGCCUUAGAGGGGUUGCGCAAUCUGACCGAAAAACUACGCCCGGUCAGGCGGCCAGGGGAGAUCACUGGGCCCGUGCUCUCUGUACUUGCGCUUUUGACUAUUAUCGGGAUCACAGCCUUUUGCGUCGUCCGCCGUCGACACGCCGAAAACCGCUUAGCUCAGCUACAGCCCACCGUUAGCGAUGCCAUCCCGGACCUCGUGAACCCUCCAACAAACCCCCAUUACAGAGAAGGGAACGCUGUGUUCAUCAAAACCACUUCCGUUUAGCGUCUGUUCUGUGAAAAUCUGAAGAGUGUUUUCCGCCCGACUCGUAUUCACGCUUCACUUCGGUCUGCUGCGCAGUGUGUGCAGGCGAAUGUGACACAGGGAGAAACGAAACCAACUGUCAGUCAGGUAAGAUCAGACAAAAACGGUCGCUGUUGUUCACUCCUCACGCUCCAGGAAAAACUCUCUUCUGUCUGUUUUGAAUCCUUUGUUCCGCCGUGUGUGAGCUUCAUUAUUGCCAGUGUUUUGACAACCAACUUUUUCCCUGUACGCUCCGUCCCUUCAUUACAUUUCCAGUUUCAAUUGACUCGCAGUACUGUGUGGUUUCAUUCAAAGAUGGUGAACUCGCCUUUGCCUUUGCUCGAGAGUCAGGUGUACCAACCCAACCAUCAUCAUCCGUAAAAGUUAUGUCACACAACAUGGCUGCCGCCGGGUGAUGUCCAUCCAAUCUCACCCGCUUGUCCGUUGCCGGGUCGUGGGGGCAGCAGCUUCAGAAGGCCACGCCAAAUGCCCUUCUCCACCAGCUCCAGCUCCAACUGGAGGACCUCAGACCCUCCCAGGCCGAUCUAAUCCCUCCACCUGGUCCAGGGUCCACCCCUCGGUCUCCUCCCCGCUGGCCGCACCUGGAACACCUCCAAAGGGAGGCCAUGUCUUUUGAUGGCAUCGUCCCAAACUUUGGGCCACACUGACGUUUUACAGCAUGUCGUCAUCUCUAGCCAUUUUCACGCCGCAGCGUUUUGAAAUAGUGACAUCAAUGUGGAAGGGAAGGGUUAAGAGAGUGGUCCUCAACAUGACAU